ACGUCACGCACGGUCACCGGAAAAGACCGCGGAUUGGCCCCGCCCUCCCACCGCGGAUCGCCCCGCCCCCCACCGAGUCCAUCAACCCGAAGAGAAGAAGACUCACGGCUAAAAAUACCUCAGCUAGCUCAAGAUGGCUGGUCUGCCCCGUAGGAUUAUAAAGGAGACUCAGCGCCUCAUGGCGGAGCCGGUGCAGGGCAUCAUGGCGAAGCCGGACGAGGGCAACGCACGCUACUUCCACGUGGUCAUCUCCGGCCCCCAGGACUCGCCCUUCGAAGGGGGCACCUUCAAGCUGGAGCUGUUCCUCCCGGAGGAGUACCCCAUGGCCGCGCCCAAGGUCCGCUUCAUGACCAAGAUCUACCACCCCAACGUCGACAAGCUGGGCAGGAUCUGUCUAGACAUUUUAAAAGACAAGUGGUCCCCAGCCCUACAGAUCCGCACCGUGUUGCUAUCGAUCCAGGCGUUAUUAAGCGCGCCCAACCCAGACGACCCCCUGGCCAACGACGUGGCGGAGCAGUGGAAGUCCAACGAAGCCCAAGCCAUCGACACAGCCCGAGCCUGGACCAGACUUUACGCCGGCAAAAACAAUGAAGUAUAGAAGCUGUGGAGAAGAGGCGCCUGAAUGUGAUCUACAACAUGAUGUACUCCUAUUCUGUCAAAGGUCUUAUCUUGCAUUUACAAUUUAAUGGACACACACAUACAAAAAAAAAAAGGACAAAAAAAA